GGUCCUGCUCAUCUCGACUAUCCCAUAUCGGAAGUCUAUCGCGGACCACUCUAUAGUACAGAUCGAGCUAACGAAUUGUUAACUCAGCCCCUUAGUCAUCAUGUGAGUGUCUACCAUAGCGGAUUCUCAGAUGGAUACUCAAGAACUUUGGAGGAGACUGAAAUUAAGAAGGAAGCAAGGCGUUCAAAAGAAAGUGCACUUGCAAGACCUUACAGUGAAGUCGGUGCUCUGUGGAGGCAGCCAUCACUAGAAACAUACCAGCCUAGUGUAGAAAGACAAGUAGAUGAAGGUCGCGGCAAAGUGGACCUUGAUAUCCAGCUAAAAGUAAAAUCCCAAGAUACUCACGAGGACGCCAAAGUAUUCGAAAAUGGUCAAGCAAAAGUGAAUGAGGAGCUCCCUGUAUUUUUGAGCGCAGACACUUUGGAGAGAGAUCAAAAACCCGUCGGCUUUUCUGUCUCGAUAAGCGCUCGACAACCAGAUGACCGCACAACUUCUGAGCUAUUCUCUUCUCUUUCGAGAGAAUCGUCGUCGGAUAAGCGGUACUAUCUACGAGAUCAAUCGACUAGAAAUGAGCGCAGUCUUAAACAUCGGCUCUCUCCCCACACCUGGACAACAGUUAAGGAGCGCACGGAAGUGACUUAUGUGCGUAAACUUCACAUAGAACGAUCACUGAGUCCGAGAGCUCGUUCACCACCACGGUCUGGCACAAUCAAGAGAGUUCCAUACCAGCCAGCAGCUGCCACCGCAGCGGAACGUGGUUACUCCUGCCGAUCCAGCAACUUCGAUGAACGAGUCUUAGUCCACCAUCCUAUUUAUCCACCAAACCAAUCCCUAUAUCGCAAUGGAGGUACUUAUGGUAACGGCGAAUCACGCAACGGACGUUCUCGUACGUAUAGUCCGGUGCGUGAGGUUGCCGCCUUUGACCGAACGGAAUGGAUUGAGAAACAUCCCAGUUACAUACCGCCAAAUCGCCGAGCUGAUGAGAUCUUCACCGUGGGAACUCCAUUCAUCAUGGGUCAUGUGGAACGUGACGAUAACGGUUGCGCCUAUCUGAGAUACCAAAGCAGUGGGCUGCAGGAGCGUCCCCCGUUGAAAGAUCGCAUAGAGGACCUGCCGAUGAUCGAAGAGGGAGCCAUUGAAUGUCGCCGUGCCACAAUAAGGGCUGGACUGCGUGAUAUGGACACUGUGGGCUUGGUUCAAGAUGAGGAGGAACUCGAGCGACGACGACGUCCACUACGCCGAGCACGUCAACGCAUGCGCAACUACUGCACUAUGCUUUAA